CCUUCACUACUUCUUGGGCUCACUCGCGCCGUCGCGGCCGCCGCUCCGCCCCGCUCCGCUCCCCGCGGAAGGCUGCGCGGGUCGGGCGCGGAGCCGUCCCGCUCCGGCCAUGGCCUAAAGCGGGCUGCCGGGGCAGAAGAUGAGUUUCCCCGCGGAGGACGGCGUGGGCAGCCUCUGCCACAAAGCGCUGCAAAUCAUCUCGGAGCUGUGCCUGGGCGGACAAGUGGAGCGGGAGAAGUGCGCCGGCAUCUUCCCCCUGGAGACUGCCCGACAGGGCAUCGGCGGCACAGACAUCUCAGUCAGUCUGUUAGCAGUAGUCGUCAGCUUCUGUGGGCUCGCCUUGCUGGUAGUCUCGCUUUUUGUCUUUUGGAAGUUGUGUUGGCCCUGCUGGAGAAGCAAACCUCUCACUUCCAAUGCCAGUAAUGCCCCCCAGAGCAACUCCAGUGCUCCUACGGAGGUUUUUGAGACCACUGAGAAAAAGGAAGUUAAAGAAAAUGGGAAGCCUACAACAAAGGUACUUGAAGCUGCAUUGAAAAUUAGCCACACUUCUCCUGACAUACCAGCAGAGGUCCAGAAUGCACUGAAAGAGCAUCUGAUCAGACAUGCACGCAUGCAGAGGCAGAUCACUGAGCCCACAUCAUCAUCAAGGCACAAUUCUUUCAGGAGGCACUUGCCAAGGCAGAUGCAAGUGUCCAGUGUUGAUUUUAACAUGGGGACAGACCCGAUUUUGCAAAGGGGAGAGACGACAACCAGCAUUGGGAGAAUAAAACCGGAACUCUACAAACAGAAGUCUGUGGAUUCUGAUGGGCAACAAGAUGUGAAAACAUGUGGAAAACUUAACUUCACUCUCCGGUAUGAUUAUGAGAAUGAACUUCUGGCUGUCACAAUUGUCAAAGCCUUAGAUCUGCCUGCUAAAGACUUCACAGGAACAUCUGACCCCUACGUUAAGAUUUAUCUGCUCCCAGAUAGGAAAAAGAAGUUUCAGACACGAGUUCACAGAAAGACAUUAAAUCCUGUCUUUGAUGAAACCUUUCAGUUUCCUGUAGCCUAUGAUCAACUCAGCAACAGGAAAUUGCAUUUCAGUGUUUAUGAUUUUGACAGAUUUUCUAGACAUGACAUGAUUGGGGAAGUUAUUCUUGAUAACCUUUUUGAAGUCUCAGAUCUCUCCAGGGAAGCCAAUGUAUGGAAAGACAUCCACUGUGCCACCACCGAGAGCAUAGAUUUGGGUGAGAUCAUGUUUUCCCUUUGUUAUUUGCCUACUGCCGGGAGAAUGACAUUAACUGUCAUCAAAUGUAGGAAUCUCAAAGCAAUGGACAUAACUGGCGCAUCAGAUCCAUAUGUCAAAGUGUCACUGAUGUGUGAGGGGCGAAGACUGAAAAAGCGGAAGACUACCACAAAGAAAAACACGCUCAAUCCCGUUUAUAAUGAGGCCAUCAUCUUUGAUAUCCCUCCAGAGAAUGUGGACCAGGUCAGCCUCUCCAUUGCAGUGAUGGAUUACGAUCGAGUAGGGCACAAUGAGGUCAUUGGGGUAUGUCGGACAGGAAUUGAUGCUGAAGGGCUUGGAAGAGACCACUGGAAUGAAAUGUUGGCUUACCCACGUAAACCAAUAACACACUGGCAUCCACUACUAGAGUUACCUGGCAGAGCAACCAGUUUUGAUAGCCAGGGAUCUUGUUCAUCACCAAAACCACCGCUUACACCCUAGGGACCAAGAGUGGAUUCAUCAUGUUUAGUGUCCAAAGCUCCCUUGUAGCUCACAUCUUACAUAAACAGAAGGUUUGGCUUCUGCAGAUGAACUGUAUCCAUAUUUUUUUAUUAAAAUACAUUUUUCCUAUUCUAAGUAUUCUAUUACAGUUUAUAAUAAUUUCUUAAUGUAUGAAUGAAGUUGAAUUGAGCCAAAUAUAAGCUUUCCUCAUACAAAUUCA